AUGUCUUCAAAGCAUGUCGUUAUUAUUGGUGGAGGGAUCAUAGGCAGUACCACCGCCUUCUAUCUAGCUCAUCACGCCGCUAGCACAUCUGUGACGAUCACGCUUUUGGAGGCAUCGAAAGAAGGUGUCGCACAAGGCGCGUCGGGAAAAGCUGGUGGUUUGGUCGCUAAAUGGGCCUAUCCAAAGGAGCUUGCCCAAGUGAGCUUUCAAGAGCAUGCUAGACUAGCGAGGGAAUUUGAUGGAGAAGCGAGAUGGGGGUGGCGAUGGACGGGUGUCGGCGAGUGGGAAGGACGCGGGAGAGAGGCGAGUGAUGAGCGAGUGAAAGAAUCCUCAGGCGAGACAAAAACGCUAAGCAAAAAGCUUGGAUUACCUGCAGCGGGAGGAUCAAAUAAAUCUCGGCGAGCAAAGGGUCUGCCGACUGAUCUCGCGUGGGUCGACGAGGAGCUCACAGAUUCAUAUACGCCGCUUGCACCUUCUGGUGAUACUGCCCAGGUGCACCCGUAUCUCUUCACCACCAGCAUGCUCAACUUAGCUUCGGAGAAGGGCGUGCGUCUUAUUAAAGGUAAGGUCAUCUCCCUCGAGAGUGACUCGGGCCAAAUUACAGGUGUACGCUACUGCUCAAGCGAGGGGGCAUUCUCGGAGGAAGUAAACCUCGCAGCCGACACCGUAAUCCUCGCGGCUGGGGCUUGGUCUCCUACUCUGCUCUCUUCCCUUCCCAUUACAGGCACACGUGCGCAUAGUAUCAUAAUUCGUCCCUCCAUGCAGGCAGAUGUGAUCGCCCCAUAUGUCCUGUUCACGUCCAUCGCGCUGCCUGCGGGUGGCCGUAAUGUUACACCCGAGAUCUACCCUCGUCCUGACUCUACGAUCUAUGUCUGCGGGCCUGGUGACACGCGCGAGGCCCUCCCACUGACUGUCGACGAGGUGAAAACGGACCCUUUGGCGUGUGAAGAAAUUUGGGAGUGGGUUGCGGAGACAGGUAUCAUCCAAAGCAAUGUACUCGGAGAGAUUGAGAAGCAUCAAGCUUGCUAUCUACCCAUUGUUGAGAAUGAAGGAGGGCCAAUUAUCGGCAAUGUACCAAACAUGAAGGGUUUAGUGGUUGCGACCGGCCACACGUGUUGGGGAAUCUGCAACGCACCAGGUACCGCGAAAGCAGUGAGUGAACUUGUGCUGGAAGGCAAAAUCAAAUGCGCAAACCUACGCAGCCUGGACCCAAGCCUGUAUCUUUAA